GAGAAGGUGAAAGAGACAGUGAGACAGAGGGAGGAGAGAAUAGCACUCAGACAAUCUGUACGUGUGAGAGAGGUAGAAACAGGAGGAGAGAAGCGCUGGCUGGGAAGCAAUAGUUGAACAACAAAUCCAGUGUUGUGUACAGAUCUCAGCCUCUCUCUGGAUUGCUGUCUUUCUGCUGCUGGGCGCUGAAGACUGGAUCCAGACAGCGGGGGAUGGAGCGGCCCGACGAAGCAACCCUCCUGCUACCUUUCUCCAUACAACUCGCUGACCUUGAACCUCCACUGUACUAGCAGGAACGAUAGGGAGACAAAGACACUCCUCUUUGUGAAACCCUGAGAUACAGCUUGGGUGAGAGGUGGACAGAACUGUGAGAAAUAAAAAGGGAACACAGAGAAUAACAGAGACAACGUGACGUGUUGGACAUCCAGUGAGGAUCGAGAGCCUCAGGGUGGUUCGAUCAUGAAAUCUUCCGUCUCUGUGGGGCCCCCUUCUGGCCUGCUACUGGUCCUGAUGUGCUGCCCGCUGCUGGGCUUGGUCCAGUCUGCCAGCAGCAACAAGGCCAGCGAUAACAUACACCCACACCUGGGAGACACUGACCCUGAGCGCUGCAUGAGGCACCACUUUGUGGAGACCAUCACACACCCGAUUUACAAGUGCAACUCAAAGAUGGUGUUGCUGGCGCGCUGCGAGGGCCACUGCAGCCACACGACCCGCUCCGACCCCCUCAUCUCCUUCAGCUCGGUGCUCAAACAGCCGUUCAAGAGCACCUGCUCCUGCUGCCGGCCACACACCUCCAAGCUGAAGGCGGUGAGGCUGCGCUGCGCUGGCGGGACUCGCAUUACGGCCACUUACAGAUACAUCUUAGCCUGCAACUGUGAGGAGUGCAGCUGAGCAGGGAGCACCUCCCUCCCAAACUCUCAAGACCCAGGAUCCUCUUGGCCUUGGGCCGUACUCUAAAACUAUUCAGAGGUUUUUGGUUGAUUAUUGGAUCCGAAAAAUUGCCCCAGAGGAGGAGUGGCUCAAGUUGCUUGUUGUUAUCUUGGGAGUGAUAGUUUGGAGCAAUUGUACCACUCUACAUAGGCCUUAAUAUUGACCCGCAGCCUUUGGAACAUAGACAGAACAUACUAUACCCUCUCCGUUAUGUGCAUUCAAUCAGUACAAAUCAUACGAAGCAUAUUACACAAGGCCAGACACCACAAACUGCUGCUCCCAUGGGCCGGAUGGAGACCCUCCUCACUGCGGAGACGCACUGCACUCAUCACAGGCCUCCGUAAUUCAUAACACACAUGCUCACAAACCACAGUAUAAGAGCUCAUUAAAUAUAUCUGUAACAGCUUUCUGUCUGCUCCAUAAAAACCCCACCGCGCAUUUGACAACAAAACAACACGCCUCGUUAAAAAGCAGCAUGGGAAAGGAUGAGGCUUGAUGAGAACAAGCGGGUCCACAUGUGCCCAGACAUGUGGUGGAUCUAUAGACCAGCACCUGCGCUGUGCUUAUUCACCCAAUAACAUUUUACACACUCCCUGCAGACUUUAUCUAGCUGUGUAAAACAUGAGCGAUGCUGACAGGAGAGCUCGUCAGGCGAACAAUAAGAGAGAAGUGGCAGACAGUGUAAGAAGAGCUCUGAGGACGCAAGAAGACCAAGGAGAAAAGUUAAGCCAGCGUCUGGGUGGUGGUGUGGAUUGUCAAUAGACUGUCAAGGCUAGCAGUGUUCAUUUUAAAUCUAAUCUAUUCUAUUUGAAUCUUUGUGAUGUUUCUGUCUGCAUUAUUGAAACUGUAACUGGUGGAUCAAACAAGCUGCGCUUUGCCUGUUGCGUAUUGACAUGGAAAGACUUGGAGGAAACAUGUUUGCUCUGCAUACAUCUGUCCAGCCUGCAUACCGUUUCCUCCUAGUCCUCCAUGGUGAAUACAAACUCACGUGUGAUUGAUUCGGUGUGUGUGCCAGGCUCUAAACUUUAUUGGCCAUCAGAUCUUGUGGUCAGUUUAUCUGAAUUCAAAAAGUCAGUCCCAUUGUACCAAUUGUGGUUUCUUCUAUUAAAACUCCAGUUUUCCUAAACUACAAACAUUUCAGGGCAUGAACAAAGUAAUGGGGGGCCAUAAUUAUUUGGAUUUUAUUAGCAACUGAAUACGUUUUUUCAUGACAUAAAUAGAAUAUUGAAUAGAAUAGAAAGAUUUUAAUUUGAAAUCUAUCUGACUUAAAAAUUCAAAUUAAGCUCAGUUUAAUUCUGAUCUAAAACAUUCAAGUGAGGUAAAAUAAUAAUAAUAAUAAUAAUCUUGUUGACUGGCUACAUCCAGACACCAGAUCAAUCAGACCUUUGUCUGACUGUCUCAGGUUACAUCGUCUCAGUCACAUGAUCCAAGAAAGAAAAGUUCUGAUGAAGGACUGGAAACUUCAGACACUGGAAUUUUCUGAAUUUGUGAACUUGACUUUUUGUUUUUUUUUAAAUAAGGGAAUUCAAACCAUAUGAUGGCUCUCUGGUACCAGCUUGACUCAUCUAUACUCAACUCGCUUUUGGUGCCCCGUCCUCCAUUUUCCAUUGCAGAUAUAUGCCGCAUUCGAGACCGGUCGGGAACUGGGAAUUUUCCAAGUUGAAAUAUUUGACUUCCGACCUCAAAUCGUUUCAAGUGCAUGGUGGUGCAUGACGCCAAAUGUAAACAAUAAACAUGGCUAGCUAACUGUGACAAACUUAUGUUUCUUUUCUGUGUUUACUUUAACCAGCUGCCUAGUAACAUUGACAAAAUAUGUCUACAUCAAUUUACAUGCAGAACAAGUUUCACUAUUUGAUACUAGUAUGUAUUCUAUUUAAUUUAAUACUUUACUUUGCCUUUUAGUUCAUGGUUUACCAUUUACAAUGUGUGCUUCCAUGGGAGCUGCCAUUAUUGCGUGACGUCAUUCGGCUGCUACUGGUGGUACAUAUUUUUCACAAGUAGGAAAUCUGACUUCAGGUGGCGUUCCAUAGUACUUUUUCUAAUUGGAGGUUGGAAAUUUCCCUGUUCCGAGUUGCCUGAAAUGCACCCUUCAAUCUCACUGGUCAUCAUAGCGAAGCCACACGAAACCGCCCGUGACGUAGCCUAAUCUUCAAUGUGAAACCUUUUUAUAUACAGUUAAUGCGUGAAACACAUCGGUGACCCACACAUAACCAAACGCCCCACACACCUCUCCACACAUAGGACUUAUUUGACCAUAGCGUGGACUUGCGGGUUGC